GUCGCACCUAUAAGCGCUCAAUUCUUGUUCAGGAAUUAUGCUACAGAAAGGUAUCAGAUAUGACCGGUGACACCUCGUAUCGCGUCGCAUGCAUGUAUGCUGGGAUCUGAUGAUGCGCGCACAUCACUGUCCUUGUCCGGCGCAGGCAUUCAGCUCCAGAGUUGUUGGUGUCUGAGGUACAGGCAUGAUUGGCUCUUCGAAAUUGCCUGUGGCUGAGAGAAAGGCGACAAGAACGGUUGCUCAGCCCAGUGGCUUGAUCCCAUGAGGCCACCUCGGGGUUGAAGACUAGAAGAACUUAUUUCAGGUGGGAUCCCGCGAGAAGGUCCUGCACAAUAUUCCAACGACAACAACAAUGGGUGGCCUAGUUCAGAUGCUUAAGAGGCCGUUUUCCAACCCCUUAAAGAAACGACGAAAACUCCCACGAUCAACUACCGAGUCGCCUUGCCUAAAUUAUGAGCAAAAGGUUGGCGUUAUCGGUAUCGACCCAGAAAAGCUGGUAAAGAAACUGGAGCUGAAGUUUCCUUGCGGGUUCGAUGUACAUAUGAUGCAUAACACCUAUAUUAUCCAGGGCUGCGAGCCACUGACGUCGACGGAUCUCGAUGACUGUCGGUGAUGACAUAACCAGCACGGAGGUGGAGGUAGAGGUCAGUUAUGUAUGCGCUCCUAUUGGUAGAGGACAAGGCUGUGAGCGCAGUAUGAUGCAGCCACUCGACAAUGGUUCAGGAUGGAAUAGGCGAUUUGAAAUUGUAUAUGCAGCUGACGGAUGGUAUGGUGUGAAGGAAGGUUUGUGGCAGUCAGGGUGGCUAUCAAGGGA